AUGGGCAACAGAGAUUACUAUGGGGAAGUGCCAUUAGUUUUGGCAUCUAUAUCCCACUUCAAUUUAAGUUUUAUGCUCCACCAUGCACGGUUUCACUCCCCAGCGGCCGCUAUAGAUUUUCCGGCAUUAGAUUUUGAUUUGACCGUGGCGUUCUCUCCUGGUGUUGCAUAUGCGAUGACAAUCGGAGAAGGAGCAUCUGAAAGCGAUAUCAGAAGUCUACCUAGAUUUAAGUAUUGCCAAGAUAAUUCUUUAGGGACAUUUGACAAUAUCAAGAAGCCAGAUGAAGUUGGGUUAACAGUAGAGUCAAGCUGCACCAACUCCACACCUGAACUUGCUCUUCACCCAGAGGAUUCUAAUCUUCUUGAGGUUUUCCCUCGACAACUUAAGAUAUGUUUGACAUUUGAUGAUUUGGUUAAAAGGGAACAAGUCAUUUCCGAUUGGUGCUGCACGUGUAAGGGACUGGAGAAUACAGGGGGUUCAGUUGGACAGGUGUAG